CGGCAUUCCCAGUAUGCACUGCGGACACAGCAGCAGAAAAUAGUCCGCUAACCGAGAACGAGAAAGGGAACUAGAAAGGGCCAACUUACCAGCUCAUUUUACGAUUAACGUAGUAAAAAACACAACUACGAAUAUGGCCGAUAACGAGAAACUAGACAACCAACGACUGAAGAAUUUCAAGAACAAAGGUCGAGAUUUGGAGACUAUGAGGAGACAGAGGACUGAAGUUGUUGUAGAACUCCGAAAGGUGAAACGAGAUGAGCAUCUUUUGAAAAGAAGAAAUGUACCUCAUGAAGAUAUGUGCGAGGACUGUGAUCUGGAUGGAGAUUUCAGAUCGCAAAACACCUCACUUGAAGCAAUAGUGGAAAAUGCCAACAGCAAUAACCAGGGCAUCCAGCUGAGUGCCGUUCAGGCUGCCAGGAAGUUGCUAUCCAGUGAUCGUAACCCUCCCAUUGAUGACCUGCUAAAGUCUGGGAUUCUUCCCAUAUUGGUGCGUUGCCUGGACAGAGAUGACAACCCAUCUCUUCAGUUCGAGGCGGCCUGGGCUCUCACAAAUAUAGCAUCAGGAACUUCAGAGCAAACUCAAGCAGUGGUUCAAGCCAAUGCUGUGCCACGCUUCCUAAGACUACUUGAAUCUUCUCAUCAGAAUGUGUGCGAACAGGCAGUGUGGGCAUUGGGUAACAUCAUUGGUGAUGGUCCGCAGUGCAGAGAUUAUGUCAUUGACUUGGGAGUGGUGAGGCCUCUGCUGGGUUUCAUAAGUCCCUCCAUUCCCAUCACCUUUCUUCGUAAUGUGACUUGGGUUAUGGUUAAUCUCUGUCGCCAUAAGGACCCCCCACCAUCCAUGGAAACAAUCCAAGAGAUUCUGCCUGCUCUGUUUAGGUUAAUCCGCCACUCGGAUGUCAGUAUCCUGGUUGACACUGUUUGGGCUUUGUCCUACCUAACUGAUGCUGGCAAUGAGCAAAUCCAAAUGGUCAUUGACUCUGGAAUUGUUCCUCUUUUGGUUCCACUGCUCAGUCAUCAGGAGGUCAAAGUUCAGACGGCUGCUCUCAGAGCUGUGGGAAACAUAGUGACCGGAACAGAUGAACAGACCCAGGUUGUGCUCAACUGUCAAGCUCUCAGUCACUUUUCUGCCCUUCUCACUCACCCCAAAGAGAAGAUCAACAAGGAGGCAGUGUGGUUUCUGUCUAACAUAACAGCUGGAAAUCAGCAGCAGGUGCAGGCUGUCAUUGAUGCCAAACUCGUUCCUAUGAUCAUCCAAUUACUUGAUAAGGGUGACUUUGGCACACAAAAAGAAGCAGCCUGGGCUAUAAGCAACCUGACAAUUAGUGGAAGGAAGGAUCAGGUGGAACACUUGAUUAUGGAUGUAAUUCCACCAUUCUGCAACUUGCUAACUGUGAAGGACGCUCAAGUCGUGCAGGUGGUCCUUGAUGGACUAAGCAAUAUUCUGAAAAUGUUUGAAGAUGAGGCAGACACGAUUGCUGGCCUCAUUGAGCAGUGUGGAGGUUUACAAAAAGUGGAGGCAUUGCAGAAUCAUGAAAAUGAAGACAUCUACAAAUUGGCAUAUGAAAUUAUUGACCAGUUUUUCUCAUCUGAUGAUAUUGAUGACGAUACCGGUCGGGUUCCAGAAGCUAUCCAAGGUGGAACUUUUGGCUUCAACCCUGCCAAUGUGCCAGCUCAGGGAUUCCAGUUCUAGAAGGCAUCUGGGGUAUUCUGGAGUUUUGUUCACGAUGCAGCACUCUGUUCAACAUAAAAAAUUAGAGCGAGAGAGAGAGAGCGAGUGUGAAACUUGAUCCAUUGUGCUUGGCUCGUGGGAUCUAUGGCUGCAUCUUAUUUGACAGGAAAAUGAAUGGAUUUCAUUUGGCAUUCCCGAGGAACCGGCCCAAAUGAAGUUUGAGAUGGCGAGUGGGUGCGAAUGAGAAUGAGUGGCUACAUGUUGCAAAAAUGCAAAACAUCUACAUUGAAUGCGUUGAGAGACACGCUGACAUAACUUCUGUUAUUGGAGCAGCCGUCACGGGAAAUCUACGUCAAAUGAAAUGGCCUACCUGAGAGAAUUGUGAACUUUCAACAAUAGAAAUCAAGACUUCUUUAAAUAUGUCAAUACAAGAAAAAGCAGAGAUGAAAAUGAGCUGAACCAUAAACAAUUCACAAUUCUGCAGUCCUCCGACUAAAUAGGGCUGUAAUGAGCCCGUCCCCCAAUCGGCCACGCUAUCAGACACGUGUGUGUGAAUGGACCCAUUGUGUACGAAUGUCUGGACUCGAUGCUGAGGAGCCAGGUUCAUCUCCUCCAACGCAAUGCCCUCACUGGGCGAAGUCCUCUUCCCAUGGGGGGCCAGGCCAAGAGUCCGGCUGCGCAAGUUGCGUGUGCGAAUAUGGACAGAUGAGUGGUGUGCGCUUGGCUGCGUGUGUGUGUUUGGGGAGUAUGCAAGGAUGCUAAAAAUGCAUGCAAAGAGAAGAAAGAAACUAAUACAAGAGAAGAGUAACAAAGUGAAAUGAGGUUAGCAGAGGUUUUGGACACAGAAUUCUACUUCGGAAAGAGAGGCUGAUCCUUAAGCCCCUUUAUAACACGAUUAUUAGAUAAUGGAAAAAGAAAUGUCAUUUUUUUGUUGUUUUGAAUUAAGUUAGUAUUAAUGACACUGGACAAUGCUAUUAGCAGGUGUAAAGCAGCAGUGCGUUUUAUCACGAUGCAUUUGGUGGCUUUUUGGGGUCUUGUUUUACCUCCAGUGUAUUCCUUUUUUAUUAUACUUUUAUUUUCAGCUUUUAUUUUGCUUCUGUAAAGACGAUUGACAAAGAUUAUAUUACACCAUGAUAAUUAACCUACACUCCAGACAUGAGCUGGAUGCUGUGAAAUUCACUAUUGACAUCUCUAUAGUAACCAAAACAUCUGUUCCCUUGUGACAUGUCUUUACUUUUAGUUACAGCAAAGUCGCUGUUCUGCAGUAAUGUUGCCAUAGUUUUGACCUAUCACUAAAGGAGACGAGAACAAGGGCCAUUAAAUGUAGGAUUGUGAAUCGUAACCUUUGCAUGAACUAAACUAUAGCACAGUUCUUUUUUAGGAUAUUAGUUUCCUUUAGGCUGUGGAUACAGUGUAACUUUAUUUUAAGUAAACUGUGCUUAAAUGUGACAUGUUGAUCCCUAUUCCCUUGUUCCUCAUCAAGUGUCCAGUUUGCUAAAUCUGUGAUUUUGCACAUGUACUGCAAGUAAGACCUGAAGUUUAUAAAGGGUGCUGGUUGGGUUCAUAAAUUAGAGCUACCAACGGCCCAAAAUGUAUGCAUCACUUUACCACAAUCUUUGUUUUUUUCAGAAGAAAUAAUUGAUGCUUUUAGGUAGAAAUACUUUAUUUCAGGAAUAGCAGUUUAGACUACUGCUGAUUUUCAGACUUAAGGGGAAUCUGAACUUCAAUUCUCGAUGUUAACGUAUAAAGGAUCCCCAAAUGGAGAACUGGAGUUAAAUGGGUUCUCCUUAAAAUCAAUAAACCCAUAAUGACCUUCGCUGUACCUUUUUUAUUUCCCAAGACAAAAUAUUUACCCGAUAGCUGUAAAUGUCUAUCUCCUCUGUUCUCUAAACUGUAGUGAACUUCUACAGAUUGUGCUCAAACUUUGUGUUAAGCAAAGGGUUCUUUAAUUUUGCAGCAUUCCUUGUUCGCAAAGAUUUGGUUUCUGAAGAAUUGAAGUGGUUUGUCCACAGGUUUGUGGGAGACUACUUCUUCAGGCUAGUUUGUCUUUGAGAAAAAUAAAUAGGUAAACCCAAAUCGA